AUGGGAAACUCCUCAAGCACUUUGCCAUCACGCAAGGCCGUCGGAGUUGAAUCCUCAAUCUGGACCCUCACAUGCAACGAGCUCUGCCAUCCCAAGUCCGAUGGCAGGGACAUGAGAUACUCCACGCCAAUCUCUACCGCUCCCGUGCGGCCUGUGCAUUAUCCCAGCCACGCCAUCCAGCAAGACAAGAGGAAGGGAGACGUGGGAGGAGGGAGGAGCUCCAGGACGAGCGCAAGCGCGAGCAUGCAGGAUGGGGAUACGCUCUACCUGACGGAUCGCGACCACAAGUUCGAGAUCCCUGUCACCCUCCAAGACGCCAAGAAGAUGCUGGGAGGGAGGACGGAGACAGCUUACCUCGAGCAGAUGGUUGGCAGCAGCGACAAGAGCGCGAGCAGCUCGCGUCGACUUGCAGAGCCCGCAAGAGCAGCAGGCGGUGGUGAUGGGAGGGAGGAGGAGCGAAGUAAUGUGCAACGACGCAAUAGGUUAGCAUAUCAGACGUUGGCCACCUACGGGAAGGGAGGAGGAGGAGGAGGAGGAGGAGGAGGCAGCACGGCUACUCCGAGUGCAAGCAGAUCGAGGAUGGACAGCGAGGACAAGCAUACCGAGCAGCAGAAGGAGCUGCUGGAGAGGCUGCAGAAGAACCUAUCACGCUUCCCUCCUCGCCAUCAUUCAGUCCCCAACAUCGUAGUUCCGCUCGCUAGCGACGGGAGAGAAGUCAACGUCAGCCCGAGCAUGCUGAGCGCGCAGAGGGUUGUGUAG